UUCAAUAUAGAUUACUGUUAAUGUUUAUGAUCGAAAAUUUUCAUUAUAAAAACUUGGCAUCAGUCACACUCCUUAACAUUGAACUAUUCACAUAGUUUAAUAAGAUGUGCUUACGAGUAGAAAAAACACUAUCUUUUGAUAUCUGGAAAAUAAUUAAACUUUUUUAUUUCGUUUUGUUUAUUUCAUUACCGAAUUUGUCAAGUUGUAAUGAUAAUAAAUUUCCAGAUGAUUUUGUUCUCGGUAUUGGAACGUCUGCUUUCCAGAGUGAAGGUGCUUGGAACGUAUCGAAUAAAGGUGAGUCUAUUUGGGAUGUCUUGAUUCACGAAAAACCAGAUGUCGUGUGGGGGAAGGCUAAUGCUGAUGUUGCAGCAAAUUCUUACUACUUGUACAAAACUGACAUUGACCUGGUUGAAAAAAUUGGAGCCAAUGCUUUCAAAAUAUCAAUAUCCUGGCCACGAAUUUUACCAAAUGGGUUCAACAACGAAAUUAAUUAUGAUGGAAUCCAACACUAUCAUAACGUUAUUGAUGAAAUUAUGAGUAGAAAUAUUACUCCAUAUAUUAACAUGUAUCACUGGGACUUGCCGAUAAGACUACAGGAAUUGGGUGGUUUAGCUAAUCCGUUGUUUGUAAAUUGGUAUCUUGACUAUGCCGAAAUUCUAUUUAGAACAUUUGGUGAUAAGGUUAAAUAUUGGUCGACAUUUAAUGAGCCUGGUUUUAAUUGUGUCAUGGGUUACCAAGGAUCUUACGCGCCUCUAGUUAAUCAAUCAGGUAUCGGUGAAUAUUUUUGCCUUCAUCAUUCAUUGUUGGCUCACGCAAAAACUUACAAGAUGUACAACGAAAAAUUUCGUGAAAAACAACAAGGUAAAAUAAUUAUAGCCUUUGCACUUACGUGGCCAGUGCCGAAAAAUCCGGAAGAUACAAACGAGUUAGAGUUAGGUGAGCAGAUGCUGAAAUUCCAAGAUGGAUGGCUUUUGCAUCCGUUAUUUUCAAAUGAAGGCGACUAUUCAGAGUUCGUAAAAAAUAAAAUUGCUCAACGAAGUUUACACCAAGGCUAUUCUCGUUCGCGCUUACCAGAAUUCACAAAAGAAGAAAUCGCAUUGAUUAGGAAUUCAGUUGAUAUACUGUCCGUCAAUUACUACCAUGGAUUGGAAGUCAAGAAAUUUUCAGAUGAUGAUAUAAAACCCAUUAUUUCUCACAAUGCAGAUAUCGGUAUAUUAAUGCAGAUGCCGACUAGUGUUUAUGAAACUGGAAAUGACAAAUGCAGUAUCGAAAGAUGUCAUCCAUGGGGUCUUUCGGCGAUUAUUCGUCGCAUAACUGCAAAGUAUAAUACGCCAGCAAUAGUAAUCGGUGAAAAUGGUUACCGAGAUGAAGGUCAACUGGAUGACAUUGAUAGAGGUCAAUUUUUCUACUACCAUCUUAAAGAAGUUCUCAAGCUUGUGAAAGAAGGUUUUAAUAUUCAAGGAUACUUUACUUGGACACUUUUUGAUAUUUUUGAGUGGACACAAGGUUAUGAUCACCGAUACGGACUUUUUUCGGUAAAUUUCACGAAUCCAGAACGUCCAAGAAUACCUAAGCUGUGGUCGGCGAAAGUUAUAACUGACAUUUACAGAACCAGAUCGAUACCACCAUCUUUUGAAUCAUUCUCACAACGAUAAUGCAGACGGAAUAGUAAUUUUUAACUUCUAUAGACCUUAUUGUAAUAAUUUGAAUGAUAAGAUUUGAUAGAAAAUCGCUUAAAUUGCAUAAAAUAAAAAUGUUGAAUAUUUUAUUUCUUUGA